AUGUUAAAUGAUUAUUUGGCGGAGUUCCGCAGCCUACGGGCUGAACUGGAACGCAUGCUUCAGAAAAUAGGAUCUGGAGAGGAAAUUCCAGCAGCUGUGGACGCGAAGCUGCGAGAAAUCAAAGACUGCCUGGGAGCACUUGAAAUGGAGUUGCGGUCCAUGUCACCAGCCCAGCGAAGCGGCUAUUUGAGUCAGCUGCAGAGCUGCCGUGAUGAUUUCGCAUCGCUUCAACGCAGGUGCCUCAUGUCGACCUCUCGUGGCCGAGAGGCAUCGGAGCUUGCAGAUAGCAGAAGAUGUGAACAAACAAUAAAAAAGCUACAUAAUGCAAGCGUGCAGCUGGAUAGCACAAGGAAACUCGCUGAAGAAACUGAGGAAGUCGGUGCGAACAUCCUCUGCAAUUUGUACAUGCAAAGAGAGAGCAUCCAGCGAGCAAAUCGCCACGCAGAAGAAACAAACGCGAGCCUACGGGAAUCGAAAUCUCUGAUAACGAAGAUGGGAAAGUGGUGGAGCGGUUUAAUUGGCUAG